GUACGACCGUUGCUCAGCGCUAGAACCUGAUAAUGGUCCCUAGUCAGUAGUUGUCUCGGGUAAAGAGAGUGAAAGCGCGGGAGAACGAAACAGGGAAAAGAACUCGAAAAUGGCGAUGCCUGGAUAUCCAAGGGCUUUUGCAACAGUAGGUUCUUGUUAUCCGCGGCAUUCUCCGAUCUCCCUUCAUCCUCUUAAGGUUGACCUCUCUGGUUUUGUUCAUAGAAGAUCUGGAAAUAAAGGAAUCAAGCCAAAAUGGCGCACCAUGGCACAUGAAAAUGAUCGCAUACAUAGUAUCUCCGAGCAAGAUGUUGAGAGCUCAGCAGAUUAUGAACGAUCACCAAGAUCCUUAAGCCAAGAAAGCUUUAUCCUCAGUUCCAUGAAGAUGAACUUCUUGGAACGAUUAAUAUUGGCUUGGAGGAUAAUUUUUCCAUCAUCAACAUCCAAAUCGAACUCUAAUGCUAUGAUUGCCAAGCAGCGGUUAAAGAUGAUUCUGUUGUCCGAUCGAUGUGCAGUUAAUGAUGAAACUAAACAAAAAAUUGUGGACAGCAUGUUGAGUUCUCUUUCGGAUUUUGUAGAAAUAGAUUCAGAAGAUAAAGUUCAAUUUAAUGUCUCUACUGAUUCAGAUCUCAGAACGAUUUACUCUGUAACGGUGCCUGUGCGAAGGGUGAAGGCUGAUUAUCAAGGCAGUGAGGAAGUUGGAGCAACCAUAAAUACAGAAUUGAAGGAUGAUGGAGAGAGAUCUGGCCCUGCAGGUCCCAUUUUCGACUCAUUAAUUGCAGAAGGAAAAGGGUAAGCUGCUAAUUUACAAGACUGCACUCUAGCUUCUCUCUAUCCGCUUGUUGACCAUCGGUGUUUGCUUAUAGCAGAUUUAAAUUAAGGUACGCUGAUUAUCAACUCAUUAGAACAUUUACUUUUUGGAUGGUGGUGCUGGAAUCUUUGAACUAUAGUGGAACUUGGAAGUGUUGGAUAUCCGUGCCGG